AUUUUCAUUACGAAAGUGACGUAAGCAGAAUGGAAUAUGGCGGAGUUGGUGAAAUGGGCAGAUUUACCAACUGUUACAAUUCUCGAAAUAUUGAAGAACCUUGGCAGGUAGGUAAGGAUCGAUUGAAGGCGUCGACAGUAUGCAAGCAAUGGAGAAGCUGCCUAUUUCACAAAGACUUGUGGAGCAAUCGAACUUUAAUUGUAAAAACUGGUCGCAUGAAAAAAUCAAGACAAACUGCACAGCUGAUUGGUCGUUAUCUUGGUCGAAUUACAAUUGAUUUCGAAGCUCAGAAUUUUGCAGCUGUUUUGUGCACUUUAAAAAUUUUAGAAAUAACAAGUCGAAGUACUAACUUAAGAUGUCUGACGUUCAAACCAACCAGCUGCCAUAUAUCCCUGCCUCCUACACAAUAUCAAGUUAUAAAUCAGCUUAUUGAGCGUUUAAUGGAAAUUACAUUGAAUACAAGGAAACUUCAACAUUUAUCCCUCGGUUGUAUAACAGAAUUUUGUGAAAAGAGCGCCGAAAUUGUCUAUAGUUUAGGCCAGCAUCAUGCCAAUACCCUUCAUUCACUGCAUGUUGCCAGCGUUCGAGAAAAUCCACAAAUAUCGAACGUUGGUCAACCGUUAAACGGUCUAUGCACUUUCAAAAUGCUGCAGAUUUUAAGCGUAGAUUACGACCAAUUGUCAAAUGAAAUUCUCAAAUCCUUAAGUUCAAAUCCAGUAACUUUGAAACAAUUGAAUCUUCAUGUUCAUAAUAUCGAUUUUGAUAAAAGAAUUAUUUCGAAGGAAUCUUGGAGAGUUUUAAUCUCCAAAUGCAAAAAUUUACAAGUAAAUUGUUCAGUCUUGCAUUCGGAAAAUGCUGCUUCUAGAUUGAAAGAUAUUAUACCAUCGUUUGUACCACUCGUUACACUACGCCUACUUUUCAAUGGCUAUUUGACAUCAUCACUUUUAAACUACCUUGGAAGCCAUUCCAAUACUCUAAAGUAUUUGGAUAUAAUUGAUGGAAUAGAUGAAACGCCAAGAAUUUACAGUGAGCCUCAAUACGGCGUGCCCGAUCCAUUGAUAAUGUUGGCUUAUCUAUGCACGAAUUUAAGACGUCUAACAAUUAUAGGCUAUUUAAUCUUGGAUGAAUAUAUCAUAGGAAUUUCAAGAUUAAGAAGGAAAACGUUGAAGUCCCUUUUGGUUCCACAAUGUUGCAUCGGUAUUACAGGGGAAGCAAUGGAUAAUAAUGUUUUUGAUAUGAAACCAUAUGAUGAAAAUUUUAAUUCAGAGAUUAGCUAUACUCUGAAAACAGACUGGAGCCCAUUGCAGGACUACGAAUUACAUCCGUCCAUCGUCGAUCCAAUGGCCGAUGCGGAAACUGCAUACCUUCAUUUGCUGUUAUCAGAUCAGAAGAUGUGUGUAUGA